CAAUAAUCGAUGGUUAGAAACCGAUAUUGCAGACGUAACAAACCCGCUUUAUUCUCUAGCCAAACAUUCACGAGUUUUAAAAUUCAUAAUUACACAGCAUGACAGAGAGUUAAAAGUAGACCUGAUUCCCU